AUGCGGUACUUAUCGGUCUCGUCGCCCGGCUCCUUCUCCGUGGGGGUGGGCGCCUCCGGGGAGCUGCAUGGAUUUACCGUGCAGCUGUUAGAAAACAGCCGUGGACGGCUGCGGGCUCGAUCGCUCACGCUGGGCAAAGCGGCGGUGGCGAUCCUGCGGGUUGGUGCGCUCGACGACAUGCUGCAGUGCAUGGGCGAGUCUAAGCGGGGGGAAAACGCAUCCGCCGACGCGUCACCGUUUUCACCGUGCCAGCACGCAUCUAUCUAUCGUUAUCCGCUGCAGGACGCCGAGGAAGAUAACGCCCAUGCGGAGGCGUUGAAUACGCUCGUCGUCGUUGUCGGAAGCGACGACGGCUACAGUGCUGCGACGCUGCUGCGCGUGGCGGCGCUCGUGGGUGAGCUGUGCCUUUUCCUCAACAUUGACCCGCGCCGGGGCGGCCCCAACGCCCCUGUGCUGAAGCAGACACUGCUUUACCUGGAGUCUCGUCUCGGGCUACACGACGUCUCGCUUCUGUGCCAGACGACUGAACGGCUUGUGCGUCCGGCCAUCAUCGCAACGGGUUUUGCGAGCCCCGAUGCCGGUGGUCUCUUAGACGAUUUGGCGCGUCAGUCUCUCCUACAGGAUGCGGCCGGCUGCCAGCCACCGAGCUACAUUGCUGUGCUGCUUGGCCACAAGCUUGUGCUGGAGACCACCCCGCGGUGGAGCGAGGAGGCGGCGAGAGCUGGUGGUGUUGAACGAGUGUCGUUGCUUGACUCGGAUCGGUACUUGGCGUACAUUGUGACCUGCGCCUUCUUCUCCGCGCCAAUGCAGUAUAGCUGCUACGACGUCUCGCCGCGGGAGCGGCGGCUGCGCGAGCUUGAGCGGCGACUGCGGCGGUUUGGCAUUCAUCGCCACAAUGUGAGCCGUCAGGCGGCGCGGCGGGUCAUCCAGACGUACACCGAGGCGCUGCGACAAGGGACCGUCGGUGAGUAUUCCCGGGCGUCGUUUUUUGAAGCUGCCUACGACGAGCUGCUGGCACUCAUGACGGGACGGAACGCUGCGCGGGGAACCGACGAGGCCGCGGCUGAAGGUCGUCCACGUGUGGCUCGCAAUGAGUACCACCAUGUGGACAUGGACUUCGACGCCAUUGAGGGCCGGACCUUUCAGCUUGACAACAUCUGCCUCCGCAACUCCGACGUGGUUGGUGCCAUGCAGCUGCAGUGGAUCUCGGCGGGGGCCGCACUGCCGCAGGACAGCAGCGACGCCGCGGGCGAGGGACCCCUUCUGGAAACCUGCCCCUGUGGCUACGGCGUGUGUUUGCUGUACCUUCCACCGCAGCGGGUGCGUGAGGAGGGGCAGCGGCAGCCUCAUUCCCCCACCAUGGCAAACAGGCGUGCGUUGUCGCAGCUCACGCGCGACAUCCUCGGCAGCGUUGAGACUAGCUUUAACUGCGUUCAGUGGCUACUCUCCCCUCCGGUGGAGUCGUACGAGAUCCCUGGGUUGAUUCACUUUGUCGCCGUCGACCGCCGAACAAACAAGGGUGUCGUUGCCAGCUUCCACCGCAUGAUGCACGAGCAGCCCGCACAUGUGCAAAAUGCGGUGGAGACGCUACGGCGACUUGUUGCGCUGAACGUCAGCCGCUCCCACGCACUGAUGCAGGCCGGAUAUUCGGAAGGGUUGUGGGGCCACCUCGGGAUGCAGUUCUUUUACUGCGUCUGCAACCUGCACAGGGCCGCCACAAAGGAGGUGCCACCGCCAUCCCACGCUCCGCCGACUCCGCACACCAGAAGGAGGAAGAAGUCGUUUUUUUUCUUCGGUGGUGAAUCCGCACCACCAGCGCCACCCGCAGCGGCGGCCACGGCAAUGUCAUCCUCGUCGUCCCCGCAGCCAGCGCCACUGGAAGGGUAUGGGACGUCGACAAGAGGCACGGAGUCUAUUUUGGGUUCCCUCAACCCACGCGGGAGUCUCCCCGCUGCUGUUCUACCGCACCUGGUGCUGCGCCCGAUGCUACUGCCGGAUUUCACGUGCGACGCACCGACGGGGGACCGUGUGGUAGAGGUGUACGCCGUAUUUGUGGGAACCAUGUCGCCUGCUGAGGUGUGCGAGGGGGUGGAGAAACUGCUGCGUAGCCGUGUGCUGCCGUCGUGGAAUACCCACUGA